UGAGUCCUUUGGUCUGUGUCUGUUGAUUGCACAUCAGACAAUUUACCAGUCGCGUAUUGCUCUCCCAGCUGCGAGAAAUCAUAGCGGCAACGACCAAUAUUUAUCGGCAUGGCUACCAUAAAUACAAGGUACCCCUACAAAUAUUUUACGGUCCGCUUCCCAAUCGAACGACCGUAUGUCGCCCAUGUGGAGAUUAAUCGAGCUGAUAAAUUAAAUACAUUCAUUGAAGCGAUGUGGUUGGAGAUGCGGCAUGUUUUUGACCAGCUAUCAUCGGAUUCGUCAGUACGAGCUAUUGUGCUCACUGGUGCCGGUAAUCGGGCCUUUAGUGCAGGGCUUGAUGUGAAGCAAGCUUCGACCGAGCUAUUCAGUGACAAAGGAGGUUCUGACGCUGCACGUAAAUCAUUCCAUAUUCGACGCUAUAUACACCAGUUCCAAGAAUGUCUUACAGCUAUUGAGCGCUGCGAGAAGCCUGUCAUUUGUGCCAUGCAUGGCUUCUCGUAUGGAUUUGCCAUUGAUAUUUCUGCCGCUGCUGAUAUCAGACUCUGCACUAGAGAUGUCCAGUUUUCUGUCAAGGAAGUUGAUAUUGGAAUGGCCGCAGAUAUUGGUGUCCUAAGCCGGCUUCCAAAGGUUGUUGGUAACAUUGGCUGGGUCAAGGAGGUGGCCCUGUCUGCGAGAAUUUUUGGUGCUGAGGAGGCGCUGCAGGUUGGCUUUGUCAAUACAGUAUAUGACACUAAGCAGGCUGCCGUGGAGGGUUCCUUGGAACUUGCCAGUCUCAUUGCGCAAAAGAGCCCUGUUGCUGUCCUGGGGACAAAGGAGUUGCUGAACUAUUCCAGGGAUCAUUCCAUUCAGGAAGGUCUUCGCUACACCGCCGUUUGGAACAGUGGUGCUAUACAAACAGGAGACGUGCGGACUGCCUUAAUGUCAGGUCUGGAAAAACGGAUCCCGAAAUUCGAGAAAUUAUAAGCGUCAGUGGAACAAAGGGGAGAAUCGAGUUAUCCGAGGCUAAACUUGUAUCAAUCUCGAUUUAGUUGCGUGGGGGAAAUAAGUAUAA